AUGAAAAAAAGUCGUAGUGAAUUUCAGAUGUGGGAUUUCGAUUUGAUUUGCAUCGGCGUUGGUUCGGGCGGUUUAGCUUGCGCCAAAGAAGCAGUACGUUUGGGUGCCAAAGUCGCCUGCUUGGAUUUUGUCCGACCGACACCGAUUGGAACUCGUUGGGGUAUUGGCGGAACGUGUGUCAAUGUGGGUUGCAUACCAAAAAAGCAUAUGCAUCAAGCCGCUCUGCUAGGUAAUGCUAUAGAAGAUGCCACCCACUUCGGUUGGAAUGUGCCUAAAGACUCUGCAAUAAAUUGGAAAAAACUGGUUACCGAAAUACAAAAUAACAUCAGAUCGACUAAUUGGGUUGUCAAAGUAGAAUUGCGUACUAGAAACAUGACGUACUUUAAUGGUAUCGGUUCAUUUAUUGAUCAGCAUACAAUAAGAGUGAAAAUGGCUAACGGCUCAGAGCAACAGAUUACAGGCAAAUACAUAUUGAUAGCUAUUGGAAAUCGUCCUGUUUAUCCGAAAAUACCUGGGGCUUUAGAAUAUGGCAUAACUAGCGAUGAUCUGUUCAGUUUGCCUAAACCACCGGGUAAGACAUUGUGCGUGGGAGCCGGCUAUGUAAGCAUGGAAUGUGCCGGAUUUUUAAAUGAGUUGGGUUACAAUGUUACCGUUAUGGCACGAGCCGAAAUUCUCAGCACGUUUGAUCAAGAAAUGGUAAACAUCUUGAAGGAGUACAUGGCUUCGCGUGGUGUAACCUUUUUGCAAUACCGUUUGCCAAAAUCGGUGGAACUAACUGAGAACAAACAGUUGCUGGUAAAGUUUCGAAAUAUUAAAAACGAAAAUAUCGAGGAACAUGGUAUUUUUGAUACAGUCAUUUGGGCGAUGGGUAGACGGCCACUUUUAGAUGAUAUUAAUUUCUCGGCCGUGAAUCUAACAAUAGAUGAUUAUGAAAUUGUAGUCAAUAAUUUUGAACAAACUAGUGUCCCGAACAUUUUCGCAGUUGGCGAUGUCGUGAAGGGAAGACCCAAACUAACUCCGGUAGCUAUAAAAGCUGGAAUUUCAGUGGCUAGACGAUUAUUCGGCGGCGCCGAUGAUUGCGUGAACUACAACAAUAUACCGACAACGUUAUUCACACCUUUGGAAUACAGUUUUGUAGGAAUGACAGAAGAAGAAGCUUUACGCCGAUUCGAUGAGAAUGACAUAGACGUGCAUCAUGGUUAUUACAAUCCGAUUGAAUUCAUUGUAUCACAACGAUCUACUGCGUAUUGUUAUAUAAAAGUCAUCACGAGACGUGAUGAAGCCUGCCGUAUAAUAGGUAUACAUUUUAUUGGACCGAAUGCCGGUGAAAUUUUGCAAGGCUUUGCUGCGGCAAUUAAUUGUGGUUUGACUGUGGAUGCACUGUUCUCAACAGUAGGUGUUUACCUUACCAAUGCAGCAGAGCUAACCAAAGUGUUUAUAACAAAACGUUCCGGUUUGGAUCCUUCGAAACCCUUGUAUGUCCUAACUUGA